GGAAAAAAUAAACAGACAACGCCAUGGCUAAAAAAGAAAAAGACCAAUAGACAAAUAAUAGUACACAAAACAAAACAUAGAAGGAAUGAGCAACACGAACCCUACCAAAAACUAGGGGUCAUCUUUUCUUAGUUUGUGUUGUGUGCUUACAUGCUAAAUUUGCAUAUAGUGGCAGAAAUUAAUUGGAACAAAUAAAUUUGUAAUUUUUUUUUAUUGAUGUAAUAAAUAUUAUGAAAUAUAUAUGCAAAUAAACAAAGUUUUGUGUCCAAAUAAAGAAGAAAAAAGAAAAAUAUUUGGUUUAAAAAACAAAUUGAUCUGUUAUUAUGAAAUCGUGAUAAUCCAAUUUAUACAUCAAGGGUUCCAAAAACAGACAUAUUUGCCAGACAUGACCUAAACUGAUACAUGUGAUAGGCCAAUGACUGAAAUGGCAGAUUGGGAUUUAGGUCCAAAAAUUAUUUUUUACAGAAAUAAUUUCGGUUAUUUCAUAAUGCUUUUCCAGUAAUGAAACUGACACUUGAGUAUAGCAUGAUAGUCUAGAGGGCUCUCCCAAUUAUCAUAUUAAUGCCUACAUGAAUUAUUGGCUAAUGAUCACAAAUCAUUUUCAUACGCCAGUUAAAAAGACACUAUAAGUACAGAUCUGAGAGUAGUAACAGUAGUGUGUUAUGCUUAUUAUAAAAUGUACACAUAAAAUAUACAAACACUAAAAUAGUUGUGUAAUGUUGAGUUAUAUAUGUUACACAUCACAAGUCAGCUUUUAAUAAAUAUGUACAAAAACACAAAGAUUUCUAAGUUGAACUGCUUCCUAUAGAUAUUAUCCUCAACCACAAUGUAUAACAUGAUGGACUUAAAUUGCACCUAUUUUUACCGUUUUUUCUUUUAAUUUAAUUUUUGAUGCAGACAAGACUUUCUAUUUUGUGUUUAUUUGUAGAUGUAUCCUUAUUUACUAAAUAGUUCCACCGAUUUGAUUUUGAAUCCAUAUUGAAUCAUAGAAAAAUGGGUUUGAACUAACCUCCAAACGAUCAAUGACUCCGUAAUUAGGAGUACCCAAAUUGCAUCCAUGCUUCAAUUGGCAUCCCUACGUAUGGAAUAACUGAGGGUUUGUCUUAUUUCUCAAUAUACUUUGAACAAUUUGACAUUAGUCUAUGCUUACUAUUCAUAUUAUUAAGAAAUGGAUGCCUGUAACAUAUUUUAAUUGCUCUUUAGAAGUUGACAUUUUGUGGAUGUCACAUGGCGACGUUUCCGUAGUUUUUACUUUUCCAUUGAAUUCUUCAUUUGUUGAUAUUUACUGUGAACGUUUUGUGUAUAAUUUAGAUAUAUUAAGCUGUGUUGAUAGGUGUGCAUAUUGUCACAUCAUAAAAUUUAAAUUGUUUGGUCUUUAAGAAAACAUGAAGAUUUCUGCUGCUAUUUUUACCAAAUGGAUGAUUACUCUGUGCAAUUUUGGAACUGUGAUGUUAUCAUGGUAAACAGUUUACAGUCAAAGACAAAGAUGUUUUCCAAUUACAUUCUUUUACUUCAUACAAUUAUCUAAGCAGAACAUUUGUAUAUUUAUUCAUAGUUCUGGAGAUCAGUUCGCAGAUUCUGUGAUAUCAGAAAUCUAUGAAGGAGGUGGAUAUUGUUUUGAGUAUACGUCACCUGGUAAAGUUUACACAGGAAAUGAGAAGAUUUGUGUUGGAACAAUGGAUUGUGGGAUAGAAGAUGCAGAUUGGGAAGAGAUAGAGAGGAAAGGGAACAAGGAGGAAAUGAAAAUACAACUUCUUACAUCCCCCAGUAAUAUGUCCCUGCUACAUAGAACCUAUGUCCCAGCACCACCACACCUAGUUACAAAGGGUAGUAGUGGAGCUUUGGAGAUGAUCGACCCUGAAUGGAAGAAAACUGCUUUAUUUAGUUUCAGUUUUUGUUAUCAAUCCUUAACUCGUCCUACUGUUCAGGAACAAACCAUCACAAAACAUUCCAGAAAACUACUGAAAUGGCUGACAUAUCGUGAUUCAAACUUACCGUUGUCUGUAAUCCUACUGCCAUCUCACCUAGAUGGCACCACUCUCAAAUAUCCUAAUGCCAAGACAAUGUUCAGUGACAUCAGUGUACAUAGACUCUGCUUUUUCCAAGAUGGAUAUAUAGAUAUGAAGAAGAUGCCAAUGGUCUUCCCAUCAAAGAUUAAGAAAUAUCCAGAGGUCAGGUCAACCUACGAUGAUAUCAACAUACACGCCAUCACUAUAAACGAUGGUAAAGAAGAGAAGACUUAUCCAUUAAAACAACCACGAGAAGUUUGUUUACACAUGAUGGAUUUACCUGGCUUUACUGUAAACAGGCCUGUACCUGAAGACCUGAGUUAUGCAUGUCUUUAUCAAGCUUGGACCUACGUAGCUUUAUUGACUCACAAGCUGCUGUUACCAUCUUAUACAAAAAUAUUUACUGGAGAACUGGGUAGUCUAGGGAGAAAACAGAUUGAGAGCUUGCUCUUCCAGUUGAUACAGCCCUAUGCCUCCCUCUGUAGUAUCUAUUCUGCUCAGUAUGGUGGACUCUCAAACCAAGAGAAUCCCACUUACCUGUCAGAGAAAAUACAGGACCUCUGUGAUGACAAGGGACAACCUAUUCCCAUAGAGCUGUUAGGAAAAGGAAUGAUUGCCAACAACCAUACAUUUGUCAGAUUUCCACCAUUUUUGGCUUGUAAGGCCCACAGUCACAGUCGAGUGGAUAGAAACAUUGUUAGAAUACCAGACAUGUCAUUAGAAAGCAAAUUUUAUGAACCUUACUCAGAGAAGAUGGAUAUUCUAAUUGUCAACGGAUCACCAAUGAAAUCUUUACCAUCAAAUUUGUUCAACAUUUUUGAAAAUUUACAAGUACUAACAAUUCUAAAUGUUGAUUUGAAACAGACUCCAGAAUUUCCCUCUGGUAUAUCUCGGUGCAAUGAUCUGGAAAUAGUGUGUCUAAGUGGUUUGCCUGGAGUAAAGAAAAUGCCAAAGGAUAUACUGAGAGCUCCAGCUUUAUCUACAUUUUAUCUACACAAUUGUCCAAUCAGAAAGCUGGAUAUUGAAUGGCCAGCAAGUAUGACCUUGACAUCACUAAGUUUAAAAGGGCUGCUGAUUCAGGAAGUUCCUAAAGAGAUAUCAAAGUUGUCUGAACUGAAUGAACUCAACUUAGAUUGCAAUCCAAUUUUGACGUUACCCGACGAACUUGAACAUUUAAAGAAGUUGAAGCAUUUAAGUGCAAAAGGAAUCCCCUGGAUAGCCUUUGAGGGAAAAUUUGAUCAGAUGCCAAAAUCUAUUUACGAAACUUGGCAUGCUGAAAAUCCAUACAUUAUCAACUAUCUUUCAGAAAAAGAAGUGGAAGACUUGUUUGAUAAGUUUGAUGAAAACAACAACAAUAUCUUAGAUCCAACAGAGGUUGCCAAGCUUAAUUUUGAGUUUCUAACUAAUAUACCACGCAUUGGAGUCCAGAAAUUAGGUGACUCUCAAUAUGGAGGAGUUCCUCCAGUGAUAUUCAAACUGAAGGGAUUAGAGAGUUUGGACCUGUCCUAUACUGCAAUCAACUGUAUCCCCGACUUUGCUAGUGAAUUGUUCACCUUACAAACUCUUAACUUAGAACAUUGUCCUUUCUUAGAGAGUGUAUCUGGAAAUGUUGGACUACUGCCUAACCUUAGAAGUUUACAUCUGAACAGUUGUGCAAUGCUUGAUUCUCCACCCCCUGAUAUUGUUGGUAGAGGAUUUGACUCAGUAAGAGCUUUCCUUAAGAAGAUGGCGGGAGGAUUUACAGAGUGCCAUAGAACUAAGUUAAUGUUUAUUGGUCUUGGUCAGGCAGGGAAAACUACGUUGCUUCAAGCCUUGAAAAGUCCGACAAAGAAAACACAAGGAACACAGGAUGCCAAACUGACAGAUGGGAUUGAAAUAAAGCCGUGGGUGGUACCAGUUCAGGAUAUGUUUGAGAUAACAUAUAGCUGUUGGGAUUUUGCUGGACAAACAGUCUACUACAACACACAUCAGUUCUUCCUGUCCAAGCAAGCUGUGUAUAUGUUACUAUGGAACAUGAGAAUGGGAUUUGAACAUGCAGGACUAGACUUCUGGCUCAGUUCUGUUGCCUGUCAUUGUCCAAAUGCACCAGUUGUUGUAGUUGGAACACAGUUAGAUCAGAUUCCAAUGCCUGACAUCCCAGAAAAAGAACUAAUGAAGAAAUAUCCACAAAUAAAGAAAUUCUGUUAUGUCAGCUCAACUGCUGGCACUAACAUUGCUGAAUUAGAGGAAACUUUGAUAGAAGUAACUAUGACCCAUUGUUCCCAGAUGAAACUAAAGAUUCCAAAAGUCUGGCUCAACUUUGAAGAGAGUAUCUUAGUAGAAAGAAAGAGAGGAAAGAACAUUCUGGAGUGGGGGAAACUGAAGCAGUAUGCUAUUGACAAUGGUAUCUAUGAUGAAAAGGAUAUCAGACUAGCCGUACAGUUUCUGGAUGACCUUGGAACAGUCCAGUACUUUGAUACAGAGGUGCUUAGAGACAGAGUUGUUAUUAACCCACAGUGGAUUGUAGAUGUCAUGGCUAAGGUUGUCUCUGUAAAUGAGAAAUAUAUCAAGGAAAGUAAAGGUCGAUUCUUCCAUAAAUUUAUAUCUGAGAUUUGGAAAGACUAUGACCCCAGUCUACAUGAAUGGAUGUUGAAGUUAACUGAGAGAUUUGAUCUGACUUUCCCUUUACCUAAAUCUGGAGAGGCUGUCAACGUUGUACCAUGUCUUCUACCAGAGGAGGAACCUGAAGACCUUCCCUGGCCUAAGAUUGAGGAAGAGGAAGGAAUCAGAGAGAGUAAGAUACAGUACAAGUUUACAUACCUGCCGACUGGACUCUUCAAUAGGGCCCAGGCUAGACUGUUUAGUCAGGGUUUUACAGAUACUAAAUUACUAGAGUUCCUAUGGAAGAAAGGAUCCAUUUUGAAGAAGAACAACCAUUACGCUCUGGUCAAACAAAUCAGUGAUUAUGAGAUGAUUGUGACAGUACAGGGACCAAGACCAAAGAACAUAUUAGACCUGAUCCAUGAGACCAUUAGUACACUGAUAAAGGACUCCUUCACUGGUGUAGACUAUGAUUUUUAUAUACCAUGUCCUGAUUGUGUUGAAAAAGAGAGAACAAAAGAUCCCUUCCUGUUUAAGGCAGAGUUAAUCAGUAGAGCACAUAGUGUAAAUGCACCAUUCCUACAGUGUACCAAAUAUUUCCAUACAGUGUCCAUAGGGGAACUUUUGAGUAACAUGCCAGACAACAGAGACACAGAGUUUGAUGUACAGAUACAGGAGAGUAUUGGUACACUACAGGAAAUCAGAACAAACAUGGCACAGGAUGUGGUUAUACUAUACAACCCUGAGGAUAUACCUCCUAAAGAUAAAGAAGGACAGAUGGUAGACCCUAGGCAAAUACAUGAAGACUUAAGAAAAGUGGGAUUUAACUGUUGGUUCUCUGAAGAUAUGGACAACACAACAGAACUUGAGAUUGCCGUAGCUAUCAUGAAUUCUAAGGUGUUAGUUAUAUGUAUGUCAGAAAGAUUUACCAGUUAUCCAAAAUGUCGUCAGAUGUUCUUGUAUGCCAUAGAACAGUUAAACAAGCCAUUUGCUGUAGCUGUGAUGGACGAAUCACAAGAAUGGCAGCAAACAGAUGUAGGAUUCAAGAUUGGCAAUCCAAGAAUGGCAAUGAUAAAAAGUGUUAAAAGAUAUGAGAAGAAAAUGGAAGAUUUGAUAGAUAUCAUCAAGAGUCUUAUACUGGAUAUUGAAAAGAAUACAAUGAGCAACCCAGCUAUAUUUUUAAGUUACUGCUGGGCCAAUUCUCAUGAGGCUUGUAGUGUUACUACACAGGCCAAAGAAGGAUCUCUAGGCUUUGGUGACCCCAGAGCUAUAAAGAAACACAUAGAAAAAGCUGGUCUACCUUGCUGGUUGGAUAUUGAACAGAUGGGAAAGUUUGGUAUUUACCAAGAUAUCACUAUUGGAUUACAGAAUUCUAAAGUUUUAGUUAUCUGUGUCUCUGAUGAGUAUCUGCAAUCAGAAGCCUGUAUGAUGGAAGCCAGGUUUGGAGGUUAUAAUCUACAUUUACCUAUGGUUGUAUGUGUGGUAGGCACUGGAAAAGAUUGGAAAACAUCAGAGAUUGCUUUAAUGAUACAGAAGCUAGGAGAUGGAGCAACAGUUGUUAAGAUGCAGAGAGAAACUCCUGGUUCUUAUGACAGAGUCUUGGAACAUGUUAAGAAUUUUCUCAAGCGCCCAGAAACAGAGAAACAGAAGAAAAUGAGAGAGAAACUUGCGAAAGUACAACAAAAACAGGAAAAGACAAUGAAAGAAGAAUUAGAAAAGAGCCUGAAGCAACAAGGAGACACAAAAUUCUCUUUCCAAGAAGAGAUAGAACUGAUACAGAGAAAGUUCAUGAGACAUAUUUCCAAAAUAACCAGAGCUGAUGACUUAGAAAAUGAGCUCCCAAAACUUAUGGUGUUUGACUUUGUAAAAAAAGCUCCCGUAAAGAGGACGACCAUAUCUGACAGGGAAAAAGACCUGCAAUCUCAGAUGGAAGGAGAGAGGCCUUCAACUGCACAUUCUCUUAGGGCUAGGACAAGUAAAAUGUCACAAAGCAGAGAUAAGAUGAAGGCUGUAACAUUAGAAGAAUUAGAAGAUGAUUGGCAGGGAGAAGAUUUCUGUAUACGAGUUCUGUGUGAAGAUGAACAGGGAUGGCAUGUAGUUGGAGAACCUCUGUCUUUAAUCAAUAGAACAUCAGAAGAAAUUUACAAGGCUUUGAAAGAUGCUGCACCCUUUCUGGCUAGGAUAUAUGCUGUAUUAAAACAGAGUGCUAUAAACUUGAACUGCCUGUCAAAUAAAAAGGGAGAAAACUUCUUAAACUAUAUCAGAAAGGAAGGUAUUGAUACCAAAAACUUAAGUGAUGCAUACAAAGUGAUACAUAAACUGGUAUCAGAAAGUGAGGACAGGGACCAGUUCAUCAGUCCACUUAAUAGGUGCUACUUACAGAGUGGUAAAAUUUCAUGGCUAUGUCCUGACCACCAAAACAAGGCUGGUAUAACUCAGCUGCAGAUUGGUACAGCAAGUAUACAUGGCACCUCUCGGGUACUGAUAUUUGAGGAGGACAAACUACUGAAAGAUUUAUCAGUAGCUUACAGGUUCUUGUUCUUGGAGAAACAAGGUGGAAAGGAUGGCCCAUCUGUCCAGAAGGAAAAGUCAUUUGUUAGGAAGACUUCAGGGCUGAAGAAAGAAAAGUCAGAUGUUGGAAAAGUUAAUGUUGAGAAAAAAGUGGAAGAAAAUAAUACAAAAAUCAGUGAGGAACGGACUCCACGUAAAAAGAAAUCAGACAAAACUGUGAAAAUUGCAGAUACAUCAAUUAAUAUACCUAGUCCAUCCACCUCACGUCCUGUCUCAAGUACUAGUAGUACUGCAACCAGUAGUAAAAGUGGUACUUCAACACUCUCUUGGAGGAAGUCACAAAGACACAAGAACAGUCAAGCUUGUAGUAUUCAGUGAUUACCUUUACCAUAGCUUACACUAGACUAGUCAAUCUUGUAGUUAUUAUCUACGGUAGUUUUAUUCUGUCUGUUACACAGAACAAUUAGCAGGAAAUAAAAAGUAAUCAUACUUUUCAUUUAAAUUGAAUGGCAAUUUUUUUAUAGAGAAGAAAUUUUUACUGAUGUGUCUUAAUUGAAGAUUUUUGCACAGUUGGUGACAUUAUUAAUUUAACCCUCUUUACAAUGUUUUAAUUGAAGAAAUGUAGGUAAAUUAAAGGGGAAGGGUAUGAUAAAAGACACUUUUAUAUACUAAAUCUCAGUUAUGAUGUCUCGAAUGUUAUUGUUAACAUGUAACGAUAGUGUUCAAAAGUUCUCUCAGUUACAUUGACAUAACUGUAUGAACUCUGGUUGUUUUUGCAGUUUUUCUGUAAAGUUUGAAUGCUGAAGAUGAAUGUUAAAAGAAAUGAAUAAUACAUUGAUAUGACUUUCAGGGACCAAAAAAGUAGCCAUAUCGUACUACCUUCUCUAUGUUAUUAUAUUUAUAAUUUGUUUAUUUCUUUUUUGAAUUGUUAUUGUUGAUUAAGUUGUUGUAAUAUUUUUAUAGGAUUUUUUACAUUUGAAUUAACAUUUAUGUACAUUAUAUAAGAGUUUUAAACAUGUGAUAGGUCAUGGGGUCCCAUGGAUAUUACUAAAUACACAAAAUCCUGAAAUAAAAUCACAUAUCUUUCAAUCUAAUAAAGAUACAUCUGUUUAAUAAAUAAAAACCUUUUUAUAUGGUCACAGAAUAACAUUGUUUUUGGAAUGUUUUGAUAAAAUUGGUAAGAGUCUUAUUGAAACAAAAAAAUAACAGCAUAACUAUAACCUCAAAACUAAAAAGUCUUAAAUAUGUCUAAAUAUGAAACUUUUUUUUUUUUAUCUCAAAUUGACUAGUAUUUUAACACAUUCAGGAGAAGGUAUAUUUUGAACUUUUCUUUUUGUUCUAUGAUUAUAAGUACAUGCUUUUUCUUAUAUAUUUUUCGUAGAAAAAAAUUGUGAUUACAUUUUUUUUUUUAACAAAACAAAUGGAAAGUGAAGAUUUGUGCAUUAUCUUGAAAGUCAAUGUGUUGGCAUCCCUAGAAAAAUGACUCCUGCCAGAACUUCAUCCUUGAAAUAAUAGUAUCAAUUUUCUUGGGACUUGUUUUUUGAAUUACUUUGCAUCUCAGGGAAAAGGUAGUUUAAGUUAGAUGCCAAAUAAUUGAGGAAGUUGUUAAUACAUGUGUAAAAUGUUUCUAUUUAUAAUUUAUGGAACAAAGUUAAAUAAUCCAUUCUUGUCCUGUUCUUCUCUAAAAUAAAAGGUAAAUAUAAUGAGAGUUUCUCGUAACAACAUGAUGACUACUGUUAUAUGAACAUUAUCAUAGUAUGCCCAUUGACCUCAUAUGUUUUAUAUGCAUCUUGAAAUACCUGACAGUUCUGUCUCAAAUACUAUGAACUCUAUUUGCUCAUUCUUUUUAUUAAUUCUAUGUGUUAUGUUUGAUAUUUGUAUUCUGUUAAAGUAUGACUCCAACAAUGCAUGUGAUAUUUGUAUCCGUCCAUUUCAUGUUUUUUGCUAUAUUUUUACAAUUUAUAACAUAUUUUGUUAUUUUUUACAUUAUUUUCUACUGUAGGUAUAUUGUGUUUUAGGAGGGAAGUAAGAUUUUUUUUUGUGAAAAUCUAAAUGAAACUGCAGUAUAUUGCUGUGUUUUUCAGUCAUAAUGAUAAACCACAUGAUACAAAAGAUUUUAGUUCAUUUAUAUGUUUUGAAGUUUAGUGUGACGUCCAUUUUCACUGAACUAGUACACAUUUUUGUUUAGGGGCCAGCUGAGGCCCGCCCCCCUGGUGUGGGAUUUUCUCGCUGUGUUGAAGACCCAUUGGUGGCCUUGGGCUAUUUUCUGCUCUUUGGUCGGGUUGUUGUCUCUUUGACACAUUCCCCAUUUCCAUUCUCAAUUUUAAUGGUUAAACAUCAGACUUGAAAUUUUAUUAUCUCAAAUCACAAACAAAUGUUUUACAAAAUAUAUGACAAACUGUCAGUGACAUACAUUUUUUUGGCAUGUCUUUGAAUAUAGUAUUAAUUCAUAGGGUAUUAAUUUUUUUUUUAAUUGUAUCUUGACAAUGUAUAUAUGUAAAAGAUAUGGUGGGGCAUUAUUCAAAGAGAAUGAAAUCCAACAACACCAAAAACACAGGAUAUAACUUAUAGAUUUUGACAUUGGAUUUAAAAGUAAAAAAGGAGUAAAAAUUCUAAUGAGCUAUGAUAUGGAUAGCUAUCCAGUGUAAUCCUAAAAAAAAACAAAUGUCUAGUUGGACAGAGGAAGAAUAAUUUCAUAUUGCAUCUUAACUACCAGACAAUAUAAAAAGUUGUCAACAGCAAUAAAUGACAUAGAAUAGACACAAUUACAUUGAAUCAGAAAUAACAGAAAUAAAUGUGAGUAUAAUAAAAAAACAAAAAAAUAUUUUCCCUAAACACGACAAUAUCUAUACUAUAUGUCCUUUGUUAGGGACUGAAGCUGAAUUAGUUAAUUCAUAUCUCCACUCCCACUAGAAAUGUAUCAUUUUGGUACAUUAUAACAUAGUAUGGGUGCAGUCCAAUACAGAAUUGUUCAGGUGUGUUUUCUAUAUGCAACUACUUUUUCAUUCUUCGAAGAGAGAAGCAACGUCCAUUGAAGAUGUGAUCUGAUUCUGUUUUUAUGUAUAUUUGUUUAAUGUUUUGUGUCUACAGUUGACUUAUUAUCUCAAUGUUAAUUGAACUGACAAAAAUCUUAUUUUUGAUUUGCAAACUAAAAUUGUAGAUUAAUGAUUUAAUUUAUAAAUGAAAGCUUCAGUUUAAUAGAGAGAUACUGAAAAAAUUGAAUGAAAUUAUAAUUGUACAAAAUUUUAGUGUAUUCUGAAAAAAAUCCAGGACAUCAUUUAACAUUAGCUUAUGAAUCAAAUGGAAAACAACUGUCAUUCUCCUGAAAUGAUCUCCAUGAAUGUAAAGUGAUCGAUCUAACCUUCAAUUCUAUGACAGUUUUACAAUGUUCCAUUAAACAGAACAAAACAUAAAAAAUGUUAGAUUAGUAUCACUUAAUAUUAUUUGAUAUAAUAAUAGAAAAAUACACUGUACAUGUAAAACCUUAUUAUUCUUAAUAUAGUAGCUGAAGUAAUCCAAAACCAUUCUAUUUUGAACAUGUAGAAUUUAUAAACAGAGAACAUAUAUCCUAUAGUUAAAUAGUAUAGCACAACUGAAACAUAUGUGAAGCUGGGAUCUGGUUUCAAAGAUAAAGAAAGUAACAUAGAAAAAGAAGAGAAUAGUUCUAAUUAUUUUACUUGUAUUUGCUAUAUUAGAGGGUAAUACUACUUUGAUAUUAAUAGUUAUAUCUUUAUUUUUGUCUAAUCUAUAUAGUAGCCAUAUAAAAAUUUAUAAUAUUAGUAUACCAAGUUCUAUAUUCAGUUGCUAUUAGUCCAAGGGAUUUUAUUUUGUCUGAAUUGGAGGCCUUAACACCAAACUACACAUAUUUCUUUGUAAUUAAGCUGGUCAAUCAUGUACAGUACAUAAUUCAAUACCGAUGUCUUACUUCAUUCACAAACUUCUCAUUCUCUGAAGUUGAUGGCAUAAAAACAUCUAUGGUAUAUUAUGUUAAUUUAUUGUUUGCUUCCGUCCAAUUUAUUACAGAUAAUCUUUUAUGACAAUCAUAUAUCAAUACUACCUUAUGGAAAAAUCAGGUUUUAUAUUGUAUCAUGCUUUUUGACUACCUGAUUUUUCAUGCUUUUUGACUACCUUAUUUUUCAUACUUUUCAUUUAAAAGGUAAUAUUUGCCUGUACUAGUCUUGUAACUGGGUCAUGUGUUUCCUUUUUAUAUGCAAAUUGUUGUUUUAUGGAUGUUUAUGAGAGAAAAAAAAUAUCAAUGUAUCCUUGUUAUUAAUUUAUGCUUUUGAUUGUUGAAUGCAUUUAACAUUAACUAAAUUCAAUUAAAUUUUCAAAUGAACAAAAACCUUGAGGUUAUAGAUUUUUUUUAACCUUAAAUGUCUUGAAAUAUCCAUGAAGGUUUUUUAUUGUACAUUUAAUGCAAUUUUCUCAAUCUUAUACAACACACUUUGUAGUGUAAUUAUUUUUUCUGUUAAUCAAUAAAAUAAUUAACCUUA